AUGGAGCUCCCAACAGAGCAAGACAAAGAAGGCAAUGAAGAUUCAAGUUCCAAUUUCUUAUCCAACAUAAAGAGUUGCAACAAAUCAUGGCAUUGCCCUUGGGGACACACCAUUGUUCAAAACAAUCUUGGAGGAAAAUUACAUAUCAUCUUCAGUCGAUUACAACUGAUCAAUGCAUAUCCGAAGGGAGCUUCAGUACAGGAACAAACUGAGGAGACAUUAUCUCAAGAAAAUAUAUCAGAGCAUGGGCCACGGACCCCACCUCCAAAAGCCAUUGCCAUCUCAUCAUCUCCUCCAACACCAUCCGGGACCCACGCAACCCCUAUUACUGUCCCCACUCCAUCUCAUAAUCUCACCACCUCUUCAGUCCCUCCAAGUCCAAGUCCGGUGAGGGGCGUUUUAGACAAUUCAGUCUCAGUCUCCACCAUCCCUUCCUCACCUAUAAACAAGGAAGAAGAAGUCGGAGGAUUCCCUGUUCGUAAAUCAUCUCCUGCCCUUAGUGAAUCCAGAUUAAGGAAUCUCGGGAGGGGCAGUUUGACCAGUUUGACCAGUUUGACAAGUCAAUCUUCAGUUACUGUCCCUAUCAACCCUACGAAUAAUAACAUUAUUUCUACCAAUAAUGCCCUUGGUGUUGGUCAAGCUUCUGAAAUGGCUAAGAGGCCUAUGUUAGGGACAGAUGAGAGAAUGGUUCAGCAGCAUCCUCCUGUUUCAUCUUUGAGUAGCAGAAUGAUGUUGCCACAAAGUGGUGUCAAAAGUACUGAUGGUGAUAAUGGAAAUGGUGGUGAGGGUGGUGGCAUGGGCACAAGAGUCUUUUCACCUUCUGGUGUUCCUGGCAUUCAGUGGAGACCUGGUAGUUCCUUCCAAACUCAACAUGAAGGGGGACAAUUCCGUGGAAGAACUGAAAUAGCACCAGAUCAAAGAGAGAAAUUUCUGCAGAGAUUCCAACAAAUCUUGUUAUCAUUGGUCCACCUGGCUUCGUUAAGCUCUCAAUCUGAUCUGGAAGCUAAUUUGUUUAAGCUCAUGGAAAGGCGGGGCUAUGGGCAAGAAUAUAUAAAUUGUUACAAGAUGAUGAAAAGCAGCAGUUAG